AUGUGGCGACAAAUUCAAAAUGUUGGUCUAGUCGAAAAUUAUAUUAAUAAUUCUAACUUUGCUCUUCAUAUUCGUAUGCUAGCUGCUUUGGCCUAUGUUCAACCAGAUAAUGUUAUUAAUGCAUAUGAAGAAAUUUUAGAAACACAAUUUUAUGUUGAAAAUGAAGACCUGUUAAUGCCAUUCUUGGAUUAUUUCGAGGAUAACUGGGUAGGAAAAAUAACAGGAAGACGAAAAACUCGACGACAACCAAGAUAUCCUAUUGAUAUUUGGAAUUGUCACUAUUCAGCCAAAAAUGGUCUUCCAACAACAAACAACGCUGUUGAAGGGUGGCACAGAGGAUUUACAUCUAUUAUUGGAGCAAGCCACCCUAAUAUAUGGAAAUUCAUCGAUGGAAUUAAGAAAGUUCAAAAUAUAGAAGAAUUGAAACGAGAGCAGUAUAAUGCUGGAGAACAACCACAGAAAAAAAAAAAGUACAAGGACUGUAAUAAAAGAAUUCAUGCAUUAGUUACAAAUUAUAAUACUAAUGAGAAUAAGAACUUCAUAAAAGGUAUAGCAUAUAAUUUGUCACUGAAUGCCUAG